UGAAAGAUGUGGGUUUUUACUCUUCGGAUUUGGGCUUGGGUUCCGGCGACAUGGCUAAACGCACCAAGAAGGUCGGCAUCGUCGGCAAGUACGGGACCCGCUAUGGUGCCUCCCUCCGGAAAAUGGUGAAGAAAAUUGAAAUCAGCCAGCACGCCAAGUACACUUGCUCCUUCUGUGGCAAGACCAAGAUGAAGAGACGAGCUGUCGGCAUCUGGCACUGUGGUUCCUGCAUGAAAACAGUGGCUGGCGGGGCCUGGACCUACAACACCACCUCUGCAGUCACAGUGAAGUCUGCCAUCAGAAGACUGAAGGAACUGAAAGACCAGUAGAAGCCCUGCUGUCUGAGACUUGCCUAGCCUGCAAUAAACGGGUUAUUUACGUAAAAAAAAAAAAAAAAAAAAA